AUGGCGGCCGAUGGGUACCGCUGCCGGGAGAGCCGCUUCAUCGCCAGCGGGCAGUCGGUGGUGCCCAGCUCGGCUCUGUUCGCCGCCGGCCUGCUGGGCAACGUGCUGGCUUUGCUCCUCUUGGGGCAGCACAGACGGCGCUCCCGCUCCGCCGCCGGCCGCGCUCCGCGGGUCUCCGCCUUCUACGUGCUGGUGAGCGGGCUGGCGGUGACCGACCUGCUGGGCAAGUGCCUGAUCAGCCCCAUCGUGCUGGCCGCCUACGCCUACAACCGCAGCCUGAGCGAGCUGGGAGCGGGCGGCCGCGGGGAAAGCGAGCCGGGAGCGCUGUGCCAACUCUUCGCCUUCCUGAUGGCGUUCUUCGGGCUGGCCCCCACCCUGCUGCUGCUGGCCAUGGCCACCGAGUGCUGGCUGUCUCUGGGCCACCCGUACUUCUACCGGCGGCACGUCACCCGGCGCCGGGGAGCGAUGCUGUGCGCGCUGGGCGCGACUCUGUGCGCCCUGUUCUGCGCGCUGCCGCUGCUGGGCUUCGGCGCUCCCAUGCAGUACUGCCCCGGGACGUGGUGCUUCAUCCGCAUGGCGGGCGGCGGGCCGAGCCAGCUCGGCUUCCCCGUGCUGUACGCCAGCGUGCUGGGCGUGCUGGUGUUGGCCAUCGCGGCUUGCAACGUGUGCAGCAUGCGGCAGCUAUACGGCAUGGCCCGCAGGCAGCCCCGGCGCGGAGCGCAGCCCCCCGGCCCGGCAGCGCCGCGCAUGGAGGAGCUCGACCACCUGGUGCUGCUGGGGCUCAUGACCGCUCUCUUCACCGUCUGCUCGCUGCCGCUCAUCGUCCGUGCCUACAUGGGGGCGUUCGCCGCCGACUUCAACGAGGACGCCGACCUCAGCGCUCUGCGCUUCCUCUCCGUCAACUCCAUCGUGGACCCGUGGGUCUUCAUCAUCUUCCGCACCUCCGUCUUCCGCCUCUUCGUGCGCCGCCUGUGCCGCCGCCUGGGCUCCCGCCGGGCCACGCUGAAGAGCACGGGGCCGGGGGGGGACGGGCAGUUCUGUCCCCAGGGAUGGCGUGGGCCAGGCACCCCGCAGCUCGUCUUCCCCUGAGCGCAGUGCUGGAGGAGCUGGGGGAGCCAGGAGCGAGCCGUCGGCCUCGGGGACUCAGGGGUGACGGCGCCCGGAUGGCGACGGAGAGCGGGCGGCGCUGUGCCGCAUCCCCGGGAUAGGAACCCUGGGGGGUGCCUGGA